CGGGGCGGGCCCGGCAGCAGGCGGAGAGCGCCGGGAUGGCGGUGGGUAAGGACCUGCUGCAGCUGGACCUGUAUGGGCUGCUCGGGGUCGGCGAGAAGGCGUCGGAGAAGGAGGUGAAGAAGGCGUACCGGCAGAAGGCCCUGACGUGCCACCCCGAUAAGAACCCGGACAACCCCAGGGCAGGUGAGAUGGGGCUGUGCAGACAUAAACAGCAGCUCAUGUUUGUUUUCACGUGUGCGCAUUCCUGGAAGCAGCUCUGCCUUGCUUCAGGUCUGCCUGUGUGUGUAAGUAAGGGACCUGGGUACGUGUGAUGUAAAGUACACACAGGCAGGACUAAGAGUUAUUUUGUCACUGCCAGAGAGCUCUGGUUUUGAGGUUGAAUGCAGUCAUGUUUGCUUGGGGACCAUCAGUGUUAAGGCAGUGCUGCAAUUGUAUUUGCACCU